AUGGGUAUUAACCGGUCACUGGCUGUUGAAGUGGCCAAUGAAGUUAAUUCUUGGGCCGAAAAGGAGACAAAUGGCCUUGUAAAAGAACUUCUUCCUGCUGGAUUUGUUGACAGUACAACCAGACUCAUCUUUGCAAAUGCACUGUACUUCAAAGGAGCGUGGAAUGAGAAGUUUGAUGCUUCAAUUACAAAAGACCAUGAUUUCCACCUUCUUGAUGGCAAAUCAGUCAAGGUUCCCUUCAUGACUAGCAAGAAGAAGCAGUUCAUAAGGCCUUUUGAGGGUUUUAAAGUCCUUGGUCUUCCCUACAAGCAAGGCGAAGAUAAACGCCAAUUCACCAUGUACUUUUUCCUUCCAGAUGCAAAAGAUGGGCUGCCAGCUUUGGUUGAGAAGUUGCCAGCUUUGUGA